AUGGUUUCCGUUUUCGUGCAGAUGGGCAAGGUGACCCACAGUGACGCGAGCACGUCUGCAGAGUCUCCGCGCUCCACUGCUUCGACUGAGUUGCACGAGGAAGUUGAGGAGAUAUGCUCUUGCAACGUGGUCGUGAGGAGUACUUUUAUUGACUUUGAUGAUGCAAGCAUGGCUCGCUGCUACAGGAAGCUCCGGCGCUUCGUGACGGAUAGCGUUCUGGUAGGAGUCUUGGAUGUACCGGCAGUGUACGAGCCAGGCAAGUUCAGUGACCAGCAAGAUGACGAAGCUCGAAGGCGCACUGCCAAAGCGGCAACGCAGGAAGCGCAGGGCAGGGUUGUGGUUGAAGAGCCCACAAUCAAGCCUGCAGAUGCCGGGCGUGAUGCCCCUAAACAGAGUGUGCCAGCUGAGAGGACCACUGUGAUGCUGCGCAAUGUUCCCAACAACUACACUCGCGAGAUGCUUCUCACUUUGCUUGAUGAGCAAGGUCUGGCAGGGUGCUAUGACUUUGUGUAUCUGCCCUGCGACUUCUACCGUGCCGCAAAUCUCGGCUAUGCCUUUGUAAAUAUGGUGGAUGGUAUUUCCGUGGAUGCUGUUUGGAAGGCGCUGGAUGGGUUCUCGGAAUGGUCGAUGGCAACGAGCAAGGUCUGCCAAGUGGGCUGGAGUGGUCCACACCAAGGAUUCAAAGCUCACGUAGAUCGGUACCGAAACAGCCCAGUGAUGCACAAGAGCGUUCCUGACGAGUACAAGCCUGUUAUUUUGAAGGAUGGCCGGCGCAAGUCCUUCCCUCGGCCGACCAAGAAGGUCAAAGCGCCUUCAGGCGCUUGCAAGUGA